CCUGGAUCGGAAUGAGUCAAGGGGCCCGCGGCCGCGACCAAGUCAGACCAGCGCUGCCGCCGCUCACUCCGGCGACGAAUAUUGUGGACAAGAAGGCACGACGACGUCAUCAGAGCAAAGUAAACCAGCGACGGUACCGCGCCGAGCAACUCCAGUACGAGACUGGGCUUGUGGAGGAAGUGUUACGGUUGCGGCGUGAAGUUGCCCGCAUGGAAGGCCGUCUCGAAACGAUCGCGUUCACGCUGCCCAAGAACUUGCGUACGUUUGCACCAGAGUCAAAAGCCGCGUCCGAGUACUUUCGUGUGUUUGCAAAUGGUUACGCGACGUCAGCUCGGGACGCGGCAUACGUCAACCAGCAUGACUAUGUCCGUGGGGCCAUGCGCGACGACAUGGUGUUCAUGGACAGCGUCGGAUCCGAUAAAGUGUUUGAGCAAGGGCAGCUCUACGCGACGCUCUUUCACUCGGUGCGCAUGGAAUGCCACUUUAGCCACAUCGUGUCGACCCAACCCGACGUGAUGCUGGAAGCCCACGCAAAGCUGCACUUGCGCAUCUCGCGGACGACGAUCCUCGUCUUGUUCCCCCAUCUACUCGACAACGAACCGCUUGUCCAGAAGCUUCUCGGGAAAGUCAUGAUCAUGGACGUGCUGUGCCAAUUUACAUUUGACGAAGAUUUCUACGUGACCAGAUUCAACACGGUGGCUAAUCCGACCAUUGCCCUCAUGAACCUGCUCCAGAGCAUCCAAGACACGACCGUCGCGCUUUCCGGUAUUCGUUUGAAACCCAAUGCUGAGCUGCCUGCGACAGAGGCACGCAGUUGCUAGGCAGCUGAUCCCACCAGAGCAACCUCAGCUCCUCGCGCUCUGACACGUUAUAUUUCGUUCUUUGGUCAUUUUUCUUCAACGGGAAACCAUUUUCGCGUCCCUUGUUUUCAAUUCAGACAAGUUGUUGGAAGAUGCUGGCUAGUCUUCAUCUCGAACAUCUUUAACGUGACCUUUGGUCGCCUGAUUGCCCACUCGUCGAUGCCCCUUGCUCGACGACUGAUGCGACGCUGCGAUCUUGUCCUGUUGGC